CGCCAGCUCACCAUCAGCGCGGCCGGGGGCUGCCCCGGGGCCGACCCGCUGGAGUCCCCCGACGCCCCCCAGCUCGUGCUGCCGGCCAACAUCGGGGACAUUGAGGCGCUGAACCUGGGGAACAACGGCCUGGAGGAGGUGCCCGACGGGCUGGGGUCGGCGCUGGGCAGCCUGCGCGUCUUGGUCCUGCGCCGGAACCGCUUCGCCCGGCUGCCCCCGGCGGUGGCCGAGCUCGGCCACCACCUCAUCGAGCUGGACGUGAGCCACAACCGCCUGACCGCCCUGGGCGCGGAGGUGGUGAGUGCCCUGAAGGAGCUGCACAAGCUCAACCUCAGCCACAACCAGCUGCCUGCCCUGCCUGUCCAGCUGGGCGCCCUGGCCCACCUGGAGGAGCUGGACGUCAGCUUUAACCGGCUGGCGCACCUGCCCGACUCCCUGGCCUGCCUCUCGCGCCUGCGCACCCUCGACGUGGACCACAACCAGCUCACUACCUUCCCCCGGCAGCUGCUGCAGCUGGCGGCCCUGGAGGAGCUGGACGUGUCUAGCAACCGGCUGCGGGGCCUGCCUGAGGAUAUCAGUGCCCUGCGAGCCCUCAAGAUCCUCUGGCUGAGUGGGGCCGAGCUUGGCACGCUGCCCGCCGGCUUCUGCGAGCUGGCCAGUUUGGAGAGCCUCAUGCUGGACAACAACGGGCUGCAGGCUCUUCCUGCCCAGUUCAGCCGCCUGCAACGGCUCAAAAUGCUCAACCUCUCCUCCAACCUCUUCGAGGAGUUUCCUGCAGCUCUGCUGCCACUGGCUGGUCUGGAGGAGCUCUACCUUAGUCGCAACCAGCUCACCUCGGUGCCCUCCCUUAUCUCAGGGCUGGGCCGGCUUCUCACGUUGUGGCUGGACAAUAACCGUAUCCGCUACCUGCCGGACUCCAUCGUGGAGCUGACCGGCCUGGAGGAGCUCGUGCUGCAAGGGAACCAGAUCGCUGUGCUGCCGGACAACUUUGGCCAGCUGUCCCGAGUGGGCUUGUGGAAGAUCAAGGACAACCCACUGAUCCAGCCUCCCUACGAGGUCUGCAUGAAGGGCAUCCCCUACAUUGCAGCCUACCAGAAGGAGCUGGCCCAUUCCCAGCCGGCCGUGCAGCCCCGGCUCAAGCUGCUUCUGAUGGGCCAUAAGGCUGCAGGAAAGACCUUGCUCCGCCACUGCCUCACUGAGGAGAGAGUAGAGGGGAGCCAGGGAGGAGGGGACAAGGAGAAGAGCUACCCACCUUCACCUCCCGCCGUGAGCAAGGGCAUCGAGGUGACCAGCUGGACAGCCGAUGCUUCCCGAGGCCUGCGGUUCAUCGUAUAUGACUUAGCUGGUGACGAGAGCUAUGAGGUGAUCCAGCCCUUCUUCCUCUCCCCAGGAGCCUUGUAUGUGCUGGUGGUCAACUUGGCCACCUAUGAGCCACGUAGCUUUCCCACCACCGUGGGCUCCUUCUUGCAUCGGGUGGGGGCCCGGGUGCCUCACGCGGUGGUGUGCAUCGUAGGCACGCACGCAGACCUGUGCGGGGAGCGGGAACUGGAGGAGAAGUGUCUGGACAUCCACCGCCAGAUCGCCCUGCAGGAGAAGCAUGAUGCGGAGGGGCUGAGCCGCCUGGCCCAGGUGGUGGACGAGGCACUGGCCCGGGACUUUGAGCUGCGUUCCGCCAGCCCCCAUGCAGCCUACUAUGGCGUUUCGGACAAGAAUCUUCGGAGGCGCAAGGCCCAUUUUCAGUACCUGCUCAACCAUAGGCUGCAGAUCCUCUCUCCAGUGUUGCCUGUCAGCUGCAGGGACCCCCGCCAGUUGCAACGCCUUCGGGACAAGCUGUUUUCGGUAGCUGAGCACCGGGAAAUUUUCCCCAACUUACAUAGAGUACUGCCUCGUUCCUGGCAGGUGCUGGAGGAACUGCAUUUCCAGCCACCGCAGGCGCAACGACUUUGGCUAAGCUGGUGGGACUCGGCGCGCCUGGGCCUGCAGGCAGGUCUGACCGAGGACCGGCUGCAGAGUGCCCUUUCCUACCUGCAUGAGAGUGGCAAGCUGCUCUACUUUGAGGACAGCCCGGCCCUCAAGGAGCACGUCUUCCACAACCUCACCCGCCUCAUCGACAUCCUCAAUGUCUUUUUCCAGAGGGAUGCUUCUUUGCUGCUGCAUAAGCUGCUCCUAGGGACCAGUGGAGAAGGCGAGGGGGAGGGUGAUAUCUCCUCUGUGCCCACCCCCAGCCAAGAGCCGCUCCGGACCACCCAGCUCCAUCAUUAUGUGGAAGGCUUUCUGCUGCAUGGGCUCUUACCAGCCCAUGUCAUUCGGUUGCUGCUUAAGCCUCAUGUUCAGGCCCAACAGGACUUGCAGCUAUUGCUGGAGCUGCUGGAAAAGAUGGGACUCUGUUACUGCCUCAAUAAACCCAAGGGCAAGCCUUUGAAUGGAUCCACUGCCUGGUACAAGUUUCCAUGCUAUGUGCAGAACGAGGUGCCCCAUGCAGAGGCCUGGAUUAAUGGGACCAAUCUAGCAGGGCAGUCUUUUGUGGCUGAGCAGUUGCAGAUUGAAUACAGCUUUCCUUUUACCUUUCCACCUGGGUUGUUUGCACGCUACAGUGUCCAGAUCAACAGCCAUGUGGUGCACAGGUCGGAUGGUAAAUUUCAGAUCUUUGCCUAUCGAGGGAAGGUUCCUGUGGUGGUGAGUUACAGACCCUCCAAAGGGGUCCUGCAGCCAGACACCCUGUCCAUCGCCAGCCACGCGUCGUUACCAAAUAUAUGGACUGCGUGGCAAGCCAUAACCCCCUUGGUAGAGGAACUGAAUGUCCUACUUCAGGAAUGGCCUGGACUGCACUACACUGUGCACAUUCUCUGUUCUAAGUGCCUUAAGAGAGGGUCGCCCAAUCCACAUGCUUUCCCAGGGGAGUUGCUGAGUCAGCCCAGACCAGAAGGAGUGGCAGAGAUCAUUUGCCCCAAGAACGGCAGCGAGCGAGUGAAUAUUGCCUUGGUUUACCCACCUACACCGACUGUGAUCAGCCCCUGUUCCAAGAAGAACGUUGGUGAAAAGCACAGAAACCAGUGACUCCGGUGGCUGUGGGAUUUCCAUGGAGAAAGAGAGCAUCCGAACUCACCCAGACCACCUCUCACCCUGGCAACCCCUCCGUGCUCCCCAGCGCAUUCUGUGAACUUGAGUGGCAAAGCGUGCUUUCAGAGGAGAGAGGUGGGAGGGGCAGGGGAAGGAUGGGCGAGGAUAUAGAGCAAACGUUUUACAACCUGAACCUCAGAACUGUGAUCCUCCAAGGAGCGUGCUACUUGAAGAAAAGAAAAAAAAAGUCGAAUGGCUUCUCAGGGAUUUUGUUUUCCAUGCACAUAUAAGCCAUAGUUUCAGUGCAGGUGGCAGUAUUUAGAGCACUCAGAUUUCAGUUCUGUUAAAUGUGAAAGAGGGAUCGACUGACGUUCAUUGCUGUUCCGUAAACUAGUGUAAAAUAUGUAUAUGUUUAUCUUUAUUUUUAUAAUAUGCAAAUACAUUUAAAUUUAUACAGUUUGAAGCUUCUAGCGUUAGUUCACACUGGGUGCAAUAUUCUGCAUGAGAACUGUGCCAAGAUGGGGCUGAUUUCUUAUUUUAGUGUAAGACUUCUUUGCUUUUUUCUUUAUUCUUGAAUCCUCCUCAGAUUAUAAAAAUACCUAUUAGCCCAUGAAUUAAUUGCUGGUUCAUAGAGAUUGCCAAUAAUCAGCAAAAACCUUAAAUGUGGAUUUCAGACAGUGUCCUUUCCCUUCUUCUCUAUAAAGAUCCCUGCCUAUAUAAAUUGUCGGGCAUGGUAGCGGGAUUAUUCUUUUUGUUUCACCACCUAUCAUUAAUGCUAGGUAGAGGUGGGGCAUUCUUGGGGGCCAAAGAGAACAGAGAGUCCAUGGAAAACCAGUCUUUUAAUAACUUAAGAUAAUCAGGCGUCAGUUCUGAAUCAUACAAAGAGCUCUCCUAAAGAGUACCUUUCUUUUCUAGAAUAGUCUGUGAAAUUUAGCAGGGCACUUUGCAAGCCCUCCACAUCUGGCUGUCAGACCUUAAGAUAGUGAACUACCUAACUGGAGAGCAUAAUCCCAUGUUGGUUGUUUAUAAAUACAGAGCCUCUGGUUUGAUGAUCUACUGCCAAGAACUAGUAAAACCCUUGUUUUAAAAACCUCCAAGAGGUAAAACUUAAGAAGCAAACCAAACAAAUUACUCUCUAUUCUACUCCUAAUUGGGGCCAAACAGCAUACGCUGCGAUAGUAACUCAUUCUUUGAAGAAUGUAAAGAACUCUGUUUAUAUCUCCUCUUCCAUGUGUUGAUUGAAAAUGUGUAAAACUGUGUUGUCAGACAAAAAAAGUGUCAGCUGGUAUUACUCUUUUACUUCUUUCAUAAAGUAUUGACUCUUGGAAGGCCACAGUAUACAAAGUCUCCACAUAUAUUUUUUUUAAAUAACAAGCAAGCAGCUGCCUUGCCAGAAAUCACAAAUUGACUUUUAAUAGACUAUUUUGUGCCCCAGGAGUUGGCUUCAUUGACUCCAGAAUCUCCAGUUAAACGAGUAUGGUGUCUUAGGAUCAUAAAAGCAAAUGGGAUCAGACUAUUCUUGUGUUCUUUAGUACUUGAAUAGGACACCUGGAGUUGGAGAUUUCAUUUUCUUCUAGGAAUCACAAGAUUAAUAUGGUUAAUCCUUUUGUCACAGUUCUCGUGUGUGUGCGUGCGCGUGUACAUGUGUGUGUAAAACUGAAUGGUAACAUUUAAUUGCAUUUUGGACCAUUGAAUUGUUGGGCAGUAUGAGUUUUUGAAUUGGCACGAGACAGUUCCUCAGCUGUCAAAUUAACCAGCUUUAACGGGUCUUUAGCAAAAGGCUCUUAAGUAUGCGACUUUGGGCUAACUCCCCAGGGGACCAUAUUAAAUGAAAAAAAAUCCUUUGGGUGACACACCCUGCAAAGUAUUUGCUAUAUUACCGUGAACAUAAAUGCCCACAUUCUUAAUAGCUGAUAUUUUUGACAAGUGAUGUGUUGUGCUGUCAUCUGAACCCUAGAGAAGCAGUAUAAGAAGAAACCUUGGUAUCACAUGUGUUUUAGCAAAAAGGUUAACAUGAUGGAAGGUCAUGUGACCCAAAGAUGCUCCACAGAAGCUCAAGAACUUGCUUCAGGAUGGGGGGAGGGUUGGAGACACAGAAAACACUGCUCUACAGGAAUUUUCAGCUGUCUAAGCAGGAAAUUCCCUUUUCUCUUUCCACACCUGGGAAGACUCAGCAGCCAGCCAAGGCUGACAGGCGAUUCACUAAGCACAAGAGGAAUGUUUUUCACCCAAGGCGUCCCUUGCCUCUCAAACAAAUGCCCUCCAAGUUUGUUAUGGUUUCUAUUCCUGCAACUUGUGGUAUCAAAACCACUUCCUGGAAUUGUAAAAGCGCUGCCAGAAUAAAUGUUUUUUCCCCCUUCUAAGAAAAAAAAAAUGACAGUGCUCAUAUUUGACACUUGUGUAUUGGACUCUCUUUUGAAUGAAUAAAAAGGAAAGGGUUUGAUGUUAUUCCUGAUGGGGUGUGUGUUGUUUUUCAUGCUGCAGUUUGUGAAUUGUAAUUGUGGUUUCCCAUUUCAUUGUCGUAACUGGGCAGACUUUUUUUUAAAAAAAAUCAAUAAAAAUGCAAAGAAAUGGUUAAGCAA